AUGGGUAUCGUCGACAUGUUCAACGAGCUAAUCAACUCGCUGCCUUUCACGGAGGCGCAGGCAGAAGCACCUCCCGCGAAGGAGGCCGAGGCUGCUGCGGACGCAGAGGACACGGAGGAAGAACCUGAGGAGGCUGAGGAAGAGGAGGAGGAGGACGAACCUCAGGAUUUGAAGCCUAAGUUUGAGGAAGAAUGCGCUAAUUCCCCCAAAUGCGCUCCCGCAAAGCACCACUUUGACGAGUGCGUUGAGCGAGUCACCCGAAACAGUGAAGAACCCGAUUUCAAAGGCCCCCACGAAGACUGCGUUGAGGAGUGUAAGUUCUGUUUGCCAUUUUAG